CCAGUUGAUUUAGUUGCUAAUUGAUAACAAGUUAGGUACAUAAACGGAUAUCAUUCAGUCGUAGUGAGAUAUAGUGUCGACGUGAGCGCAACAUGUGGAGUAAAAGUGUUACAACAGCUGUUAACAAAAUAAACUAUUGUGAUACAUCAAGAUUCGCGCGCUACAUCCAGUCAGCAUCCAAAGACAGUUAUGUCAAACACCCAGGUGCCGAACCCCUCAACUACGACACCUAUGGACAAGUCUUGCAGAAGACUGUGGAGAAGUAUCCUGGACGAGUAGCCGUCAGGUCACUUCACGAAGAUGUUACCUUUACUUAUGAUGAACUGUUGACACAGGCGGAUUCGUUAGGGUGUGCUUUGCGUGCCCAUGGUUUAGAGAAAGGAGAUAGGAUCGGUUUGUGGUCACACAACACAGCGACGUGGGUCGUCUCACUGUUGGCUGCGGCGAGGGUGGGCCUCAUUGCGGCAUUACUCAACCCCGUGUUUGAAGCACCCGAGCUUAGUUUCAUUAUGAAGAAGACCGGCAUGAAAGCUCUGGUGAUACCAGAGAAGCUUCCGAACAGAGACUACUACACAAAGCUUAAGGGCUUACUCCCAGAGUUAGGCAAUACUAAGCCUGGCUCCCGUAUCUCUAGGGACUUCCCUAAUUUGACUACUGUUGUUAAUACUGGAAACGAGAAAUUACCAGGCACACUGUCAUAUCAGUCUCUCAUUACACACAAUAACAAUGAUGUCUCAAAAUACUGUAACGAAAUCAAAUAUGAGGAUGGCUGCCUCCUACACUUAACUUCUGGUACCACAGGGGACCCCAAAGCUGGCUUAGAUUCACAUCUAGGUAUCGUAAAUAAUACAUAUUUUAGCGGAGUAAGAAACACGUUCAACGAAUAUCAUCAUAAAGUUUGUAUCCAAGUGCCACUAUUCCAUGCCCUCGGCUCCAUCAUCACAGCCCUGGCGGGGAUCCAGCACGGGAGCACUUUGGUCCUCGCAGCCCCUACCUACAAUAUACAAGCCAAUCUUGACACGCUGUAUGCUGAGAAUUGUACCUCAAUCACGGGGACUCCGACGAUGUACGUGGACAUGUUGGCGCAGGUCCAGACCAGGGCAUCGCCCCCGCCCUCGUUGAAGUUUGCGCUCGCCGCCGGCGCGCCUUGCAGUCCCCUCAUCAUACGGAACAUGCAGAAAUACCUCAAUGUAGACACUGUGGGGUGUCUGUACGGGUUGACUGAGACAACAGCAGCUGUGUUCCAGUCGCACCCCGGGGACAGCAUAGACCUUGUGGCAGAGACCGUGGGCCACGUCCACGACCAUUGUGAAGUUAAGGUGAUCGACGACAAUGGUAAACCAGUACCGAUGGGCAGCGAAGGCGAGCUGUGCACGCGCGGGUACAACAACAUGAUGGGAUACUGGGACGAGCCUGAGAAGACCAGACAGACCAUCACAGAAGACGGCUGGGUUCUAACUGGUGACAAAUUCAAAUUAACCGAAGAUGGAUAUGGCAUCAUAGUCGGGAGACUGAAGGACAUCAUCAUCAGAGGAGGGGAGAACAUCGCACCUAAAGAGAUUGAAGACCUAUUGAAUACUCACCCCGAUAUUGUCGAGAGUCAGGUGGUGGGAGUAGCAGAUGAGAGGCUCGGAGAAGAGCUGUGUGCCGUACUCCGAGUGAGAGAAGGCGUGACACUAACCACAGAUGAUAUCAGGCGCCAUUGUGACGGACGCCUCGCCAAGUUCAAGAUACCAAGAAUGUUGAAAUUUACCGACGAAUUCCCAAAAACUACCUCCGGCAAGAUACAAAAGUUCAAAGUUAAGGAUUUGGUUGAAAAGGGGAAAAUAUAAAUGUUGUAAAUAGA